CGGCGGUUGGCGCUGCCCUCCGCGCGCGGGCGACACCGAGGCGGCUGGUCCAACUGCCUGGCGGUUGGGACCUCGAGGCCGCCCACAGGAAAGUUGUGGCAUACCUGUUUGGAAUCUUGAAGAGAUUGCCUUUACCCAAGAGAGCUGGUGCUUAUCUUCAGAUGGGUUGAUGGUGCUGUGCUGUAUUGCUGCCAGAGGUGGUCUGAUGCAGAACAGGGUUUAAAAGCAAUUCAGUGCCUCGUCUUUGACUCUCCAUCAGUGUUUUCAGUAUGGAGGUGGUGUCGGCAGAGGUGAACAGCCUGCUUCCGGAGGAGAUAAUGGACACCGGUAUAUCACUGGAGGAUGAUGAGAAUAUUGAGGCUGUUAUCGUGUCGUCUCCGAUGGGUGACUCCAUUCCCAUGGAAACGGAACUUGAAGAAGUGACAAAUAUAAGCUCAGUGAGAGAAUCUACGACUGCUGCAUCGUCAGUCACCACAGAGACCAUCACGGUGCCCAGCAACUGCGUGAGCCACGUCAUGGGCAACACUGCCACUGCAAAAAUUGACUCUGGAGUGGCUCUGCAAUCUUCCUUUCAAAGUGGCCUCCAGAAGCUAGGUGCUCAAACUCCCGUCACCAUAUCAGCCAACCAGAUAAUUUUAAACAAGGCAACGGACUUGAAAAUUAGCAAUCAGACAAUAAAACAGGAAGGGCAGAAGCUGAUUGUCACAACUCUGGGGAAGCCUGGGCAGCCCAUAGUCCUGGCACUACCCCACAACCAACUGCCCCAGUCUCAAAAAGCCACAUCACAGGCACAAGCCAGCGACUCCAAAGUUUCCACGCAGCAGUUCAAAGUGGUGACGAUUGGAGGAAGGGCAGAGGUGAAGCCUGUCAUUGGUGUUUCCUCCUUGACGACAGGAAGCCAGCUGGUAAGCCCUGCUGCCCAGUCCUCAGUGUUACAGACCCAGCAGUUAAAGGCAGUACAGAUUGCAAAGAAAACCAGAACACCCACCUCAGCGCCGGUGAUCACGAAACUGAUCUUCACAAAGCCAAUCAACAGCAAAGCAGUUACAGGGCAGACAACUCAAGUCUCACCAGUCAUUGCAGGUAGAGUUCUGUCACAGGCUAAUCCAGGAACACCUCCCAAAACUGUAACUAUCUCAGAAAGUGGAGUUAUUGGGACUUCGUUAAGUUCUACUAUACAGCAGACACCAAAUAAAAUUGCUAUCUCCCCCCUGAAGUCCCCUAACAAGCUAACAGUGGUGUCGGUCGCCUCGCAGCCUCCCAAUUCCCCACAGAAAGCGGUUGGUGUUCCUCUCAACGUAGCCCUGGGACAGCAGAUCCUCACAGUGCAGCAUUCAACACCCACUUCCCCAGGCAAGGCAGUGACUAACAAUACAACCGCUCAGGCUGUGAAAUCUGCAGUGCAGACCCUCACUGUGGGGGGAGUGAGCACAUCCCAGUUUAAGACCAUCAUCCCCUUGGCGACAGCCUCUAACGUCCAGCAGAUCCAAGUACCUGGGAGCAAAUUCCAUUAUGUCCGGCUUGUCACUGCCACCACGGCCAACAGCUCAGCACAGCCAGUCGUUCAGAAUCCCAGCACCAGCACGGCACCCCUGCAGCAAGCUAAGCCCAUGGUGGUGAAUGCAACGCCCGUGCGGAUGUCUGUCCCAAUUGUACCAGCCACGCAGACGGUCAAACAAGUGGCACCCAAACCUGUUAACACAACUUCGCAGAUAGUUACCACGAGCCAGCCACAGCAAAGACUUAUUAUGCCAGCCACGCCACUGCCACAGAUCCAACCAAACCUUACCAACCUUCCUCCAGGCACUGUGCUGGCUCCAGCCCCUGGCACAGGGAACAUGGGCUAUGCAGUUCUCCCGGCUCAGUACGUCACACAGCUACAGCAGUCCUCCUAUGUAUCCAUAGCGAGCAGCUCCAGUCUCAGUGGGACAUCUAGCAUCCAAACCCAAGCCCGACUGCCAUUCAACGGAAUAAUACCUUCUGAGUCUGCAAACCGUCCCCGAAAACCAUGCAAUUGUACAAAAUCCCUGUGUCUGAAGUUAUAUUGUGACUGCUUUGCCAACGGCGAGUUCUGCAACAACUGCAACUGUACAAAUUGUUAUAAUAACCUGGACCAUGAAAACGACAGACAAAAAGCAAUCAAGGCCUGCCUUGACAGAAACCCCGAGGCCUUCAAGCCCAAAAUAGGGAAGGGGAAAGAAGGGGAGUCAGACAGGCGGCACAGCAAAGGUUGUAACUGCAAGCGGUCCGGAUGCCUCAAGAACUAUUGCGAAUGCUACGAGGCAAAGAUCAUGUGUUCCUCCAUCUGUAAAUGUAUUGGAUGCAAGAAUUUUGAAGAAAGCCCCGAGAGGAAGACAUUAAUGCACUUGGCUGAUGCCGCCGAGGUGCGAGUUCAGCAACAAACAGCGGCCAAGACGAAGCUGUCCUCGCAGAUUUCGGACCUGCUAACUAGGCCGGCACCAGUGCUGUCCAGCGGAGGGGGGAGGUUGCCAUUCACGUUCGUCACCAAGGAGGUUGCCGACGCAACAUGUGACUGCUUGCUUGCACAAGCCGAGCAGGCCGAGAAGGCCGGGAAGUCUAAAGCGAUGGCAGAGCGGAUGAUCCUGGAAGAAUUUGGACGCUGUCUUAUGAGAAUCAUUAAUGCGGCUGGAAAGUCUAGUAAAACUGAUGCUUGUGCCAUGAACUGCUGACUGUCUUGAAAAUGAGCCACAGUCUGAAAUGGGGGACACUAAAAGGCACAGGGACACUUUUCUGGUUCGCCGCAACAGCAGCUGAUGAUAGUGAUGGUCUUUCAUUCUUCAUUUGGUGCUGCUUAGCUCGCAUUGGCUUACAUUAAUACCGAACCGAGAGACCUUUAUAAUAAUGAGUACUUUUUAAAGCUUAACUUCUUUUUAGGACGGCGCCCGUCUUCUUCCCAACUUCGGAGAAUCGCAGUGGCUUUCUUCUUUCUCUUUUAGAAAAAAAGGUUCUUCGAGCAAUCUUUUAAAUUAUUACUUGCAAUUUUAGUGUUCAAUUUGUAUGAGGGGGAAGGAGCUGGGACAAGACGUCAACCACAGUCCUUCCAUCAGAGGCCAUUUCCUCUGAAUGCCCCGUUGACGCUGACGGGAUGUUCCUAAACAAACAAAAAUCUUGCACAAAUACUUCAAAUCCAUUUGAUCAGCAUCACAAGGCAGCUUUGGCUUUGCAUUAGAGUCAAUAACAGUACAUCGGUGGGUUUGCUAAUGCUAAAAAGGGGAGAGGGGAAAACAUUUUUCCUAAAAGCAUUUCAGGAAGAUACGGAAAUCUGGAGGAUUAUCUUGCUGGCUACAGUUCUGAUUUCAUGGGGAGCAUGAUUUGUGGUGUCUUCAACUAUGAGUUUUACACGGGGAAUACCACAUUGCCAGAACUAGGUACAGAAACAUGCAGUGUUGUGAUGCAGAAAUCAAGGUCAAAAUCAGCAACAGCCUGAAAUACCAUAAAACCCCUUUUUAAAUGUACUGUUCCAAAUUGUAAUAAGCUGCUUCCGUUUGGGUUUCGAGAGAUCGGUAUUUUGCUUAUUUUGACAGCUGUUAUCUCUCAGACAAUCCUCAGUGCUCCAAAGGACUGAAAGACAACAAUCUUUCAAUAACUGAGCUAUCAUUUCACAGGUAGGCUCAUUGUCACAUCCAAAGAGCACUGAAAUGCCCUGAUAAGGAUCAUUAAAUAGCAUAAUUGCAGUCGCAAUAUAUAACUCCUGAAAAUCUUUUAGACUUCAUGCAUUGCCACAAUAUUUAAAGGGGAGGGGCCCUCACAUCUUGGUGCAGUGUUCAGAUACAAGGGAUGCUUGAGGAUCUUACAUACCAUUCAAAAGUACUUUGCUGGAGGGACCCCCUUUUUAAACUGAUGCAUAGAGGACAAAGCAUAGGGUAAUCCUUAGCCCAGUUAUUUGUGUUUACUGGAUGGCUCAUAAUCAGCUCUUCAUAGAUACCGGCCAGGAUUCAAAGAACAACCCACAUGGAACUAAUUUUGUGCAUCUAAGAGGGGUUCUUGCAUUUACACUUUUGAGUUUCUUAAAUAGAAAUCCUCAUGCCACAUAGGAAAGCAUGUUUUGAAACUGAGGAAACUUCCAAAGACUGUCAGUGAUACAGCCUGGGGGUUGGAUGGAGUGGGGCUUCUCUUAAAAAAAAAAAAAUUAAAAUCCCCUGGGAUUUCCGGAUCCCAAGCUGCCUUUGGUAGGAAUAUCUGGAAAUGGCUGAAGGGGUUGCGGCAACUCUCUUCGCAGGAGCUACUUGUGUGUGUUGUUUUUAAGUUGCGCUAAGUGAGAAGUUGAGAGUGCAUUUUAUUAGCAAGCAUUUUUAAUUAAGGCGGUGUUUGUAAUGCAAGUUUGACAAGGCUAAGCAAAAUGGCCACAAUCCGGCACUGGAACUGCUCAGUCCAUUGGGUUAAGUGCUCCCGCUUCAUGCCGCGACUGUGGCUGAAGUCAAUUGGACAGUGAAUAAGUCUAAAGCAAACUGCGUUUGCCCUUUUGUGCCUGUAUUUGUCCGGCAAAAUCUGUCAGACGAACGUGGGAGAACCGGAUGUCCUGAGCUGACCCUAGGCAAUAGUGCAGUCUGGAACAUGUUCAACUAGGGCGGGUGAGAAUCAGCAGUAAAUUGAGUCAAGAAAUUGCGCUUAAUCUACCACCCCUGCAUAUUUCUGCAGAGAGCAAUCAGGUCUUUAGGAGGUGUUAACAGGUGUUCAAAUUAGCUGCAUCUUGAUAGCAGACUGUUAAAGCUAAUCACCUAUGCAUUUCUGAUAUCACCUCAAGUUUGCUUACCUUUCUAAAAAUAAAUUCUAGCAAUGCAUUGUUUCAGUUUAGGACUGUCUGCAGACCAGAACUAACCAUGUUGACUUCUUGGUGGAACAAAAAGAGUGAAACAGCGUUGCAUGGGCUGAAGAUUGUUAGAAGUAACCACCACGUUCCUAACAGAUCUUAUUAAAAUGCUUAACACAUUUGCAUGGAGGGUUGUUUUUCUUAGUGCAGCCAACUGUUCAGGGUCUCUGGAAAGGCUAUUAAACCCCCAUGUUCGAACUGGCAAAUGGUUGCUGGAUUAUUUUAGUUCUCCCUGUAAUUAUACCGCAGGCCUUUUGUUCAAAAAGGGAUCUUAUAUUUUCUCUGUGUAACUGUACACAUAUAUACUAUUAUGGAACUGUGUAUGCAUACCAUGGCAGGCUUACAUAGAUGUACACACAAUCCUGAAAAGGAAGCUGUGGUUCGUUUUAGCAGAAUUGUUUUAUGAUUAGCACUCUGACUCGAGGGUACAGAGUCAGCGCAUUACCUUCCAGAGUAGAUGAAGACUCACCUUUUACUGAUAACGUAUGCAUCCGUAUGGUAGCAGUUGUAUAAAUGUAAAUUAGUGUAAGUGGAUAAAAAAUAAUACUUGAUCAAGUUAUUUUUCAAACAGAUUGCAACAUGUAUCCUCUUUGUCUAGGACUAAAUCCGUGUUUACUUUUGUAAAUAUUCUGUGUCUUAAUUCUAACUUGCACCUUUUUUUUUGUGAUGUGUAUUUAUAUGUGUGCAGAAAAAAAGCUUUUUGUGAAGUUUGGAUUCCUGUUGUAGAUUAUGUAUGACGGAAUUGCGUGUAAAGAUUUGAAGAAGGUGCAAUCAAAGAUCUAGUUUUCUGUCUCUCAGAACAAGCUUUCUCCAGUAUUUAGCUUGGUUCUUCCCUUCCACCCCCCCCCCUCCCCUUGGCCCUUUGCACGAAAUCGCUGAAGAAAAACAGGCAGCACAAACACAUCAAGACACUGCAAGCUGUUUAUAAAGCACGCCUGCAGCGUAACAUCUCCAUUUCAGUGGGGUGGAUGCAGAAUUGCUGCUAAAGCCCCAUAGAAAUGAGUUUCUUCUGGGUCAGACCCAUUGUCGGUAGAGUUUGGGAAAGGGGAGGAGAGGGUGCUUGGGGUUAAUUUUCUAGUUCUGGUUUACAUCUUAAAAAAUAGAUUUAAAUUUAUAUUUACUAGACCUAUUCAAAGAUUACACUUUUCUAUAUUGUAAAAACAAAACUGUCAGAUAAAUCACAAAGAAAAAUAAAACCUUUAUACUAUUCUGUA